AUGAUCUCCGCGCACGCGCGCGCCGGCGAGCCCCGUGAGGCGCUGGCGCUGUUCCGGGAGAUGCUUGAGCAGCAGCGUGCGCGUCCAGACGACGCUAUGUUCGUCGCCGUCCUCGGCGCGUGUGCGCGGCUUGGCGCGCUCGACGCUGGCAGGUGGGUUCACGCAUACAUGGGCAGGACCGGAAGGAAUGCCGUUGACGGUGUCGUCGGCAACGCGCUGCUCGACAUCUACGCCAAGUGCGGCGCGGUGGAGCAGGCCGCUGAGGUGUUCGACGCCAUGGCGCGGCGGGACGUGUAUACCUACACGUCCAUGAUCUCGGGGCUCGAGGACGCGCUGGAGCUCUUCGCAGACAUGCGUCGAGCCGGCGUGAAACCAAACAAAGUGACCUUCCUCGGCGUGCUCUCCGCGUGCUGCCAUGCCGGUUUCGUCGAGGACGGCCUCCGGCACUUGCGCGCCAUGUCGGAGGUGCUCGGCUGCAGCCUCAUCGAGAUCAACGGCGUCGAGCACGAGUUCCAAGCAGUUCCGCCGAACUUUUCGGCGAUGCGUCAAAUUUGUUGA